AUGACAGAUAACACUAAGGAAGAAGCACCACCUUCGUAUCAAGAGGCGAUAAAAACAAGUGUUUCUGCUAUAACUGAAGGCUCUUCCAGUUCAUACCACCAGCUGUUUCAAAGACCACCGGUACAGCCGCCUAGACCAACACAACCUUCAAUACCAGCACAGCAGUAUCAUCCAAAACCACAGGUAAAACCACCACCCAACUCAACUCCAGGAAAUCCUCCGUUACCAUUUAAGUAUCCAAAAAACUACAAGUGCAGAAAAUGCAACAAUACUGGCUACAAAAUGAAAAAUGGUCGAACUUGCAAAGAUUGCUGGGAAGCUUUAGCUCCUCGUAAUAGUUAUAAUUUGGUAAACAACAGUUUCCAACCCCACUAUUUCGGAUCUACUACAUAUGUCCCUUACACACCUCCUCUCCCACCGGGAGCUACUAAUCGAGCCCAGUUGCCUCCCAUAAGAGUGCCACCGGGUGAUCCGAGAUUAGGUGGUAUUUUAUGUGGUCGAUGUAGAGGCUCGGGAAUGGUACGGUUCUUAUUGGAUAUGGAAUUGUGUCCUGUUUGCUCGGGACUAGGCAGAGUUAUCAAUGUGCCCCAACCAUUUCCACAAUACCCACAAUACCCACAAUACCCGCAGCACCAGCAGCACCAGCAGUUUCUGUAUAUGCCGCAACCGCAAGGUGGCCCCGUACCCUAUCAACGCACCAAAAACUAUGCAGAUAGGAAGCGCUAG